GAGAAAUUUAAGAGUGGACCCCAGCUGACCAGCAGGUAACUUUAGAAGAAACGUGGACUUCAGCAGAAGGAGAGAGAUCUUUCCCAAGUUAGCAGGCACUACCCUCAAGCAUGACUUGCCAUUAGCGGAGCUGACGGGGCAUCUUGUGACUUUUUUUGCCUAUGAGAAGAGGAAGGGAGAAGUGAAUGACAGGCACAAAGCCAGUGGAGCCUGAGCCGUCUCUCCACUCUCCCCAGCUUUGACAGUUAUGAACAAGAACGAGUCAAGAAGACAACUGUAAAUAAAGCCAGGGCACACAGCCUGAAGGAAAGUAAUUACCACAGCUCCGUUUCACUCUUCAGUUACUUGAAAUACAGUCAGUUGUGUGUGUGUGGACUCUAUUCUUUGAGACAGCACACACACACACAGCGAGGGCUGGUUGUUGAGUGGACUCAAGUGACUGCCGUGGAGGAAAGCCGGCAUGGAUGUUGGUUUCUCUUCUCUGCGCUCGGAGGCAGUGGGAGCCAUGAGGAUGGCGCUGGUGUCGGCUGAGAACCUACAGCUCACUCUGAAGCCUGAGCCCAGUCAGGAAGAGCAGGCACUCACAAACAGCAAGGGUAGCAUCAAGGAGACACACAAAGCCGGGAAUGAAGACCUUAAAGAGAUGUUGGAGAGCAACAAGGAGUCGCUCAAACUGGAUGCCAUGAAAAGGGUUGUUGGGCUAAUUUCCAAAGGGAAAAAUGCAUCGGAGCUGUUUCCUGCUGUUGUGAAGAACGUUGCGAGUAAGAACAUCGAGCUUAAGAAGCUUGUGUAUGUGUACCUGGUGAGGUAUGCAGAGGAGCAGCAGGACCUGGCUCUGCUCUCCAUCAGCACCUUCCAGCGGGCCCUCAAGGACCCAAACCAGUUCAUCCGGGGCAGUGCGCUGAGAGUUCUGUCCAGUAUCCGGGUCCCCAUUAUUGUCCCCAUCAUGAUGCUGGCCAUCAAAGAGGCGGCAGCUGACCUGUCCCCGUACGUCAGGAAGACAUCGGCCCACGCUAUCCAGAAACUCUACAGCCUGGAUCCAGACCAGAAGGAGCAGCUGAUCGAAGUGAUAGAGAAACUAUUGAAAGACAAAAGCACACUGGUUGCCGGCAGUGUGGUGAUGGCUUUUGAGGAGGUGUGUCCGGAUCGCAUUGACCUGAUCCAUAAGAACUACAGGAAGCUGUGUAACCUGUUGGUGGAUGUGGAGGAGUGGGGCCAGGUGGUCAUCAUCUCCAUGCUGACGCGCUACGCCAGGACGCAGUUCACCAGUCCCUGGAAGGAGGGUGCCAUAUUUGAUGAGAACAAUGAUAAGGCGUUCUAUGACUCUGAUUCUGAGGAGAAAAAAGACACGACGGAGGCCAAGCCUUACAUCAUGGAUCCAGAUCACAGACUGCUGCUGAGGAACACCAAACCUCUGCUGCAGAGCAGGAACACUGCUGUGGUGAUGUGUGUCGCUCAGCUCUAUUGGCAUUUGGCCCCUACGCAGGAAGUCAACAUUGUCACCAAGUCACUGGUUCGACUGCUAAGAAGCCACAGAGAGGUGCAGUACAUUGUGCUUCAGAAUAUAGCCACCAUGUCCAUUCAGAGGAAGGGGAUGUUUGAGCCCUACAUGAAGAGUUUCUAUGUCAGAUCCACGGAUGCAACACACAUCAAAACACUGAAGUUGGAGAUCCUGACCAACCUGGCCAAUGAAGCCAACAUCUCCACCAUUCUGAGGGAAUUUCAGACCUAUGUGAAGAGCCAGGACAAAGCGUUUGCCGCGGCCACCAUCCAGGCCAUCGGCAGGUGUGCCACCAACAUCACCGACGUGACAGACACGUGUCUCAGCGGUCUGGUGCUGCUGCUUUCCAACAGAGACGAGACUGUGGUGGCUGAGAGUGUGGUGGUGAUCAAGAAGUUGCUUCAGACUCAGCCCACCCAGCACAGCGAGAUCAUCAAACACAUGGCCAAGCUCUUCGACAACAUCACUGUCUCCAUGGCUCGUGCCAGCAUCCUGUGGCUGAUGGGAGAGUACUGUGACAGGGUGCCAAAAAUUGCACCCGAUGUCCUUCGUAAGAUGGCAAAGACUUUCACAGCAGAGGAGGACAUUGUCAAGCUGCAGACGGUCAACCUAGCAGCCAAACUCUACCUGACCAACUCCAAGCAGACUAAGCUGCUGACCCAGUACAUCCUGAACCUCGGCAAAUAUGACCAGAGCUACGAUAUCAGAGACCGAACACGCUUCAUAAGACAGCUGAUUGUGCCCAACGAGAAGAGCGGCGCCCUCAACAAGUAUGCCCGACGAAUCCUACUGGCCCCCAAACCAGCCCCUGUCCUCGAGUCUUCCUUCAAAGAUCGAGAGCGUUUCCAGCUGGGCACUCUCUCCCACAGCCUCAACACUAAAGCUGCAGGAUACCAGGAGCUCUCUGAUUGGCCAGCUGUUGCUCCUGAUCAGUCUGUGAGGAACGUGGAGGUCAUUGAGCCAGUGCAAGAGUGGGCACCAUCAGUUGGGAAAACCAAGAAAUCAGGAAAACCCAAAUCUGCUGACAAGUUCUACUCGGACGAUGAAGAGGAGAAGGAAGAGGAAGGAUCUGAGAGCAGUAAAGACAGCAGCAGCAGCAGCAGCAGCAGCAGUGAAGAGUCCGGCAGUGAGAGUGAGGAGGAAAGCAGUGAAGAGUCAGAGAAGACCUCCAGUGAUUCUGGAAAGAGUUCCAGUGGAUCUGAGAAAAGCUCCAGUGAAUCUGAAACUGAACCAAAGAAGAAGAAAAAGACCAAGAAGGCACCACAAAAGAAGAGCAAGCCACCUGCUGCUUUCAGUGACUCAGAUGAAAAUGGAAAUGGUCCUGUAGCUCAGGCCAGCAGCUCGUCAGCUGAAAGCUCCUCCGGAUCAGAGACAGACUCCGAGGACUCAGACCCCCCCGCUACACCACAGAAGAAGAAGAAAGACGUUAAGUCCAAACCUAAGGCGGAAGUGAAGUCCAAGGUGGAAGUCUCCUUACUGGAUCUAGUUGACUUUUCUCCUGCUCCCACAAAUGCACCAAAGUCUUCGGUCAUCUCCUCCAGCCUGCUCUCGGACCUUGAGGGCCUUUCUCUCUCCAACAUCUCCUCCACCAUGCAGGUCACCACUCCAUCUUUCGGCCCUGUGAAAACCUACGAGCUGCUUCACCAUAUGACUGGAAAAGGCCUGUCAGCCAAGUACCAUUUCCCCAGGCAGCCCUGUUUGUACGAGCCCAGUAUGGUGGCUGUUCAGGUCAUACUGACCAACAGCUCAGACCACAGCCUGGAGGAGAUCCACAUAGGAGAGCGCAGCCCAGCGGGCCUGAACAUCCACUGCUUCAACACCAUCGAGCGGCUGGAGCCAGAGGCCUCGGUGACGGUUUCCAUGGGUAUUGACUUCAGCGACUCGACACAAGCAGCAAACUUCCACUUGUGCACCAAGGAGGACCAGUUCAGUGUGUCCAUACAGCCGGCUGUGGGAGAGCUGUUGAUGCCCAGCAGCAUGACGGAGCAAGACUACAGCAAGGAGCAAGGUAAGCUCCUGGGCAUGAAUGAGACCUCGGCAACCAUCACCAUGGCAACAGCAAACACCUCGAGCCAGGCGAUUAGCAAGCAGGUCCUGUCGGUGUGCAACGUGGGAGAGGUGCCAUCCAGCCAGAAAAGCGUCCACAGGUUUGCGGGGCGGACAGUCAGCAGUGGAGCUCUGGUCCUGGUGUGUUUGGAGCUGAAGGAGUCCUCCACCGCCCUGCUGACCAUCAACACAGAGAAGAGCGUCAUGGCAUCCAUGUUGCUCCGAGACCUCAAACAACCCCUCGUCCAGGCGUAGACUCCCCCUCCUCCCUCCUCCCUUUAGUGAAGGUACAGGGGAACCACACCUCAUACAAGAUUCAAUACAUUCUAUUUCUCUGGUUUAGGACCAUUCAGGCAGAUAUUGCAAACCCAUGGCACUUUUAUCUGAAAUACAGAAAAGACAAUAUAGCUGGAAUAAACUGAUCAUACGAAGAAUUAACUGGAAAUACUUAAAAGAGUUUCUUAUUUUGAUCUGAGUUGGGAAAAGAUUGACCUGAAUGGCAGGAAUAUCUAAGACUUGAAUAAAGUGAUGAUCCUCUUUGAACACACACAGAAGGCCUAAAUAUGACAUUACUACAUCUAAUUAUGUCAAAAACAACUGGUCAUUUAACCACAGUGGUGAUUAUUUCAUAUUCAUGCCCUUUGUGGUUUUUUACCAAAGAAUAUUAUGUACAAUCGGCUGUACAAAGAUUUUGGGAGAAACGGUAUCCUGCAGGAAUAUUUGCUCAUUCUUUUGUGCCAAAAACAGAGAGAAGGAGGAUAUUUUUUUUUUCCAUGAAUUGAAGCCCAUAUAUAAACCUUUGAGAAGCUGAGCCAAACCAUUAGAGCCUUUCUCCCUGAUGUGGUUUCACAUCCCAACCUUUAUGCUGCCCCCUAAAUCACAUUUUUUAAAGUGCCUUCUACGUGAAAAUAAUGUUAUUUAGAAAAGUAAACGUAUAAGUUAGACUUAAAUCAACAAGGUCGUUUUAUUUGUAUCGCUUUUGCUGAACAAUAAAAAAGUGAAUUUAUUAAAACAA